CUCAGUAGUUGAACUGACUGCACAAUGCUGCUGGUCCAUCGCUGUGGGGACUCCUUCCUCUUCCCUUUCUCUCACUUAAUCAGAGAUACACAAGUCAAGGAGGGAGGAGAAGAAGGAAAUAAUACUAGUGAAACCUAACUAUAGCCAAAAGUAGCUAGCUUGAUUACUUACAACCAGUGGGAAAAGGGGAAAACUUUUUCAACAGCCAAUUUUCCCUCACCAUGUUGUGAUGUGGAGGAAGCUGGAUCAUCCAUGGUUUCUCCUCUCGGGCUGUUGAUUUUAUUCCCUUUCCAAUUCAUGGGCGAAUUACGGGGGAAGCAUGGGCCUACUACAACAUCUCCACCCUCUGUUUCUUCCCUCAAUGCAAAUCAUGCUACCGAAGAACGAUUAUCAUUGUUGCUAUAGUUAAAAGGAGGAGCUCCAUAUCUAUCCCAUACCUUCUUUCUAUAUUAUCGCUCUCAAAAUAUAACAGCACCAAGGAUAAGUAAAAAAUCUCCUCUGUCGCAUGUGUGAGAGAAGGGAGUGGGUUCAAAAGGGUCCUGCUUUUGUCGGCAUUAAAGGGCUCUUCUUUUCUUUCUUGAUGGAUGGUGGGGAAGCAGUUCAGUAGCUGCUGACAUUGAAGAAAUUAUGGAGCUUUUCUUCUUUAUUGGUGGAGGGAACCUGCAAAACUCAUGAAUGGGUUCCUGCUAAUUUGGAGCUGUGGUGGUGGGUUUGGCUCAAUAAUUUUCACUGUAGUUGAUAUCUUUGAGCUUGGAUUUCAGCAGUUUCAGCUCCAAUUCAGUGCAGAGGAGGGGAAUUGCAGAUCUGGGAUGAAGAGAAGUUGCAAACGUUUGAGGUUGGAUCCCUUUUUUUAUGGGCUUCAAGUUUCAUUCAGAGUUAUAAAGCUUCAGCUUAGUUAAGAGUGAGUGAGUACCCUGUUUCAUUUCUGGUUGCAGGAUCUGGUGGUGAGGUCGGAAUCCUCUAUGACUUGUGUCUCGGUGAUGGAGUGGAAUCACAAGCCUCAAUUGCAAUGGGACUGGGAGAACCUCAUAAUGUACAAUCCAAAUUCUGCAGAGAAUCCGAACCCCAAGAAGCUAGAUGGUAACUUAGAUUGGGAAUUCGUUGAUGGGGUUAGAGAAGCAGCUGAUUCUGGUUCUUUCUUCUCAUCUGGAGGCUGCUGCAAGGACAAUAACUCUGGUUCCAUCUCUGAAUUGGGUCUUGCUGCUGGUUCUUCUUUGUCUUCAAAGUCGGCUUCAAUCACUACUUCUUCAUCCACUGGAGAAGCCAAGCCAAACGACAAUACCGGCGAGCCUCUGCUUGGUCUAAAGCUCGGGAAACGAACCUAUUUCGAAGAUUCAAGCUGCGGGAGCAACUGUAAGGCUGCUACUGCUGCUGCUGCUAAUUUAGCAAAGAGGUCGAAGCCGAAUUGUGUCGCUGUGUUCUGCCAGGUGGAAGGGUGCAACCUCGACCUCUCGGCGGCUAAGGAUUACCAUAAGAAGCAUAGAGUUUGUGAAGGGCAUUCAAAGUGUCCGAAGGUGGUUGUUGCUGGGAUGGAAAGAAGGUUCUGUCAGCAAUGCAGCAGGUUCCAUAGUUUGUUGGAGUUUGAUGAGAAGAAGAGGAGCUGCAGAAAGCGGCUCUCGGAUCACAAUGCAAGGCGUCGCAAGCCACAAGGGGAGUCUCUUCGUUUCAAUCCCUCGAGGAUGCACUCCUCCAUCUAUGACGAGAGGGAAAGGGUGAGCUUUGGAUGGGAAAGUAGCAAGAGUCCACUGGUCCAAGGAAGAGCAGGUGGAUGUUUGUUCUGGGAAGACACCUCCGGUUCCAAGUUCACAAUAACAAAGGAGUACUCCUUCAAGCCGACGACGAAUCAGCCUGCAAUUCGCUCGAUGGCUGCCACCCAUCAUCAUGGUUUAUUGCCUGCAAAGGCGAAGGGGAUAGCAACGGAUGAUCCAAGUCAAGGAAUAGAGGCGGAGGAAUCAACCAUGUCGCCAAAUGUGGAUGAUGGUGAUGAUGCUACACAGGAUCUCCACCGUGCUCUCUCUCUUCUGUCAACUAACUCGUCGUGGGGCUCAUGCGAGCAGCAGAGAUCAUCGACGAUAGCUUCACUUGAAGCCGCUCACGCAAGCCCUGCAGCAAGUAUGCCGCAGCAGUCCCUCUUCCGGUUGCCUCGCAUGGAACUGCACUCAGCCGAGCCUCGGCUGCACUCUUCCCAGUCUGCUUAUGUCUGCGAUUACUCUCAUCAGUCUCGGCCACAGCAACUCUUGAGAGACCCAUAUGCCGCUGAGCUCAGUCCUGGUCAGUUGUGAUUAUCCGACAUGCCUGAAGUCGUAUCUCAGUUUCCAUCGAAACCGAAGGUACACUGUGUUCUGCUUCUGGCCACGCCCAAUGCAAGUCUGAUACAGCCUAAUUUUCACAGCCGGGUGAAAUACUGAAACGGGAAAGACACAAGAGGGGUGAUGGUUAUUCAAGCCGAAGUAUCAGUCAAACGAUUCUGCUAACUAAGUGCUGUGGAUGGCUGUAGGAUCAUCUUUUGCGUGUAAUGAACGUUUGUGUUUUCUGCUGUUUCACGUCAUUUGUUCAGUUGCAAAAUUUAGGACACUUUUCUUCAUGUGCAAGAAAUCGGGAUUUGGUUGAUCUUCAACAGCCACGAACUUUAAUAAAUGUUUAAGAACAAUUAGCCUCUGAUUGGACUUUGGGAAAAAUUAUUAACUCAAACUUAUAUGUCAGUUUUCUAUGAGUGAGUUUAUUCCUCACUGUAUUCCCCCUAUCGAGGAUGGUCUUUGGCUGGAUAUCGCCAGCCUCGUAGGCUGGACAAAGACAUUUUCCUACAACUAUGUUCUCGGUUUCUUAUGUAACUCUAACAAUACAAUUAUAAGUAAUUGAGUUAUUUCUCUAAUAAUUUAACUCUAUUAAUCAUGCCAACCCUAGACAAAUGAACGUAAGAAUUUUAA